ACUUAUGUUGACGAAUUAGAGUAUUGGACACAUUCAACUGCUUAUCGUCUGCUAUCAAAAUAUACGUAUAUUUUUGAACCUUUUUUGAUAUAUAACACGUUGUUCCUUGUCAUAAGACCCAUAUUAUCAUUCUUGAUUGUGCUAUAAGGGAGAUAAUUACAUAACAGGUAAGAAAUUAUGUUUGAUCACAACAUUUUAGAUAGUUACUUUAUCUCGGCAGUAUGAAACAACAUCUGUGAAAGAAACACUCAGAUAUAAGUACAAAAUGUACACGGCUAGAUUAGUGUUUUACAUUUUAUUUAUAAGCUCAUUUGUAAUUAACUCUUACUGUGAUGACAAUACUGGCGAUUUAUUAAAAAAUGAUGACAUAAAAAGUGCUGGAUCAGAGCAAAAGUUUGUUGAAGAAAAUGAUGGGGUCAGUCAUCGAACGGAGGAGACUAAUGAUGCUGUAGAAUAUUUAGAAGAUACGCAACCUAAUUUGGCGCAAGAAAAAGAAAUUUUAGAUGAGGAUCCGUAUGAAAGAGACAUAAUAAACGAUGUAUAUGAAGCAGCAAUGCUUAGAGUUCAUACUAUUCCACCCGCCGAGAAUCAGCCAAAUAAGGACGAUGAAGAAAUUCCCGUUGAAAAUUUUGAAUAUGAAGAAAAUUCCGAUAUGGAUGAAAACUCAUUUCCAAAACUCACAUAUACACCAAAAGACAAUGUUUGGAGGUUAUUACAAACUUCCAUACCAAGUCGAAAGGAGAGGCACACUUUUGUUUUCUAUAGACCAAGCGAAGAAGAAAUUGUUAAAGUUACACAAAUUGUACAUAGUGAAAAUAAGGAGGAGGAAAAAUAUGAAAAAACUAUAUCAACUGUAAAUUUACCUCCGCUUCCUCCAACACCUUCAGAGAGGGAAGCUCAACACCUUUAUGAUAAAGCUUUUGAAAUCCUUAAUGAUACCCAUAACUUAACUCCUUUCUUAGCAAAAAGAGCAUAUGAGAUUCUUGAAAGAUCAGGUGAAUUGGGGAAUUUAGCUGCAAAGGAACAAAUUGCCUGGUCAAAACUCUCUGGACAGCAUUUUACAAAAAUCAAUCUUGAAGAUGCCCAUAAAGAGCUCAAACAACUGGCUGAUGAAUAUGGAUCACCUAAAGGGCAAUUGGGUUUAGGAUUAUUGUAUAGUACUGGACUAGCUUCAUUAAAUGCAAGUCACGCGAAAGGAUUAGUCUAUCUAACUUUCGCAUCAUUAGGUGGGGAGCCAUGGGCCGAUAUGGCUCUUGGAUACAGAUAUUGGGCUGGUUUAGGAGUUGAUGGAAAUUGUGAGGCUGCAUUAACCCAUUAUCGUAGAGUAGCCGGCCAAGUUGCUCAGGAAGUAGCCUCUAGUGGUGGUGGACCUGUCAUUCACAGAAUCCGUUUAUUAGAUGAAGCUGAGGGGGGUAACGCUAACUCAAAUUCACCAAACGCUAUACUUGACGAUGACCUACUUCAAUAUUACGAAUUCCUUGCUGAUAAGGGAGAUGUACCAGCUCAAGUUGGCCUAGGACAACUCUAUUAUCAGGGGGGUAGGGGAGUCAGAGUAGAUCACCAAAGAGCUUUACAUUAUCUUCAGAAUGCGGCUGAUGCAGGCAAUGCAAAUGCAAUGGCUUUCUUAGGAAGAAUGUAUGCAGAAGGUUCCACAUCUGUAAGUGCUAGCAAUGAGACAGCCCUUCGCUACUUCCGAAUGGCGGCAGAUAAAGGAAAUGCGGUUGGUCAGAGCGGUAUGGGCAUAAUGUAUUUAUAUGGAAAGGGAGUUGACAAAGAUUAUGCUAAAGCUUUUAAAUAUUUCGAAAAGGCAGCAGAGCAGGGAUGGGUUGAUGGUCAAUUACAAUUAGGAAUUAUGUAUUACGGCGGUCUUGGCGUUCGAAGAGACUAUAAAAUGGCGGUUAAAUAUUUCAACUUGGCUUCACAAUCAGGUCACGUUCUUGCAUUUUAUAACUUGGGUGAGAUGCACGCCACAGGAACUGGAGUUGGUCGGGCAUGUCAUACUGCCACUGAAUUCUUCAAAAAUGUAGCUGAACGUGGUCGGUGGGGAGAGCUAUUCAUGAGAGCUUAUACAUCAUGGAAAAACAGUGAUCAUAAAACUGCUUUAGUCCAGUAUGCCCUAUUAGCCGAGUUAGGCUACGAAGUCGCUCAAAGUAAUACUGCCUUUUUAUUGGAUUCAAUGAAUGCUGAAUGGAAUAAGAAAGAAAGUUUAAAGAGGGCUCUUCUUCAAUGGACUCGAUCGGCCUCCCAAGGAUAUUCAACUGCCAGAGUUAAAUUGGGCGACUAUCACUAUUAUGGAUGGGGAACUGAAAUAGACUAUGAACAAGCAGCAGCACACUACAGGGUUGCUAGUGAGCAACAAAAUUCAGCUCAGGCAAUGUUUAAUUUGGGGUACAUGCAUGAGAGAGGUCUGGGAUUAAAGCAAGAUUGGCAUUUGGCCAAAAGAUUCUAUGACCUCGCUGCUCACACGUCUGUGGAUGCUCAUGCACCUGUGACUCUGGCGCUCACCAAGUUAGGCCUCUUCUUUGCCUGGCAACAAUUUUCCGAUAUUACUAUUGAAAUAAUUGCCGUAGCUAAAGCUGUUCCUGCUAUCCAAAGUUUACGACGCAACUGCAAAGAAUAUCUUUGA